AUGAAAACAUUAUUAAACAGUCUACUCGUCCACGAACAGGAUUAACCAAAACUAAACAAAUGGAAACAAAAUGCCAUCACUGUAGCUGGUGGAAAUGAACAAGGACAAGAAUUAAAUCAACUCAAUUACCCUGCAGGAAUCUCUAUUGAUAAAAACAAAAAUAUUUUCAUAGCUGAUUAUGCAAAUCAUCGUAUUGUUGAAUGGGAAUACAAUGCAAAAGAAGGAAAAAUUAUUGCAGGUGGAAAUAAAGAAGGAAAUCAAAUCGAUCAAUUAUACGGUCCAACAGAUGUGAUUGUUGAUGAACAAA